AUGGCUUGUCCAUGGAUUGUAGGAGGGCUUUUCUUGGCGCUGUAUCUCACGCACGCGGCAGUACUCGGCGACCAAUCAACCUUUGCGGCCAUGAAAACGGGGAGAGACCAGCGCUACUCGGGGUCUAUACUGCAGAGCACGGCGGUCUUCGGCCGGUCUGCGUGCCUGAGCCUGUGCGGCAACAACCCGCGCUGCCUCGGCUUCAGCUACGCAGGAAGUUCGUGCCAGCUGAUGAGCUGCGUGACGGGCCUGGUGGCGGCGGCAGGUUGGAUCUCCUACGAAAUGACUUUACUUCUUCGCCAUUACACGCCCCAAGGUGCCUGUGUGACCUGCCCCUGCCCCGUAGUAAAAGAGUGCGUGAGCUACUCAACCCUCGAACCCAUGCCGUUCGCCUCCAAAUACCAGGCCACCUACGCCGCUCUGCCAGGCUACGUCUGCUCCGCGGCUCAGCCCUUCAUUGACCAGCGCCUACAGGAUAAAAGCUGCAAGUUCGUGAGUCACUGGAAUGUUUAA